AUGGGCUCACCUGUAUCUCCCAUUGUCGCCGAUAUAUUCAUGGAAGACUUUGAGGAGAAAGCCCUCCUUACUGCACCUGUUACACCAAGGAUCUACAAGCGAACAUUCUACAAGCCGCCGAAGAAGAUUAGUCAGUUCCUACCAUCCGUCAAGUGUCAUAUUCCUCUACAAGAUGCAGGAGUGUACAAGCUUGAUUGUGAAUGUGGUCUCUCUUAUAUAGGACAAACCAAAAGAUCAAUUAGGACCCGCGUAAAAGAACAUAUAGCUGAUGUGAAGCAUCAACGUUCCGGGAAGUCUGCAGUUUGUGAUCAUAUCCUAGACGGCCCCAACCAUUACAUCAGAUUUGAUAGACCACAAAUCCUCGCGAAAGAACACCGAUUCCUACCAAGGAUGAUACGUGAGGCUAUUGAAAUUAAAAAACAUCCUAAUUUCAAUAGAGAAGGAGGCUGGGUACUACCACCUGCUUGGGAUCCUAUAAUCAAUAAAAUUAAAACUAAACCCAAGCAUACCACUGCAAGACCUCAGGACAUAGUCAGUUCAUUUUGCAUAGAUCGGACCAUAAACAAUAAUUAA